GUCAAGUGCCCUUCCGUUCCCCACCCACCAUACAGGGGAAGCUUUUUGAUGCUGUCUUCUCUCGCGAUGCAUCCCGGGACGCUCCUGAAUUUCUCCUCCUCACACCCCCUCAACGCCUACCCACCGCUGACGCGCCCCGCCUCGAGCUAUUCGAUAUGCCUCGAGCUAGAGUAGCUGCCCUUAGCAGGUAUCUUCUCCGUGGCCAAUUGUCUGCGAGAGGUUGUCUGAGGUCGCGAGCGCACACGCUUUCGCUUGUUAAGCGGGACCCCAGCCAACUCAUAUUUUCAUCCUCUCACGUUCGACUACUUCACGCCGAGCCAGCUUCCGAAGGCCGUGAUGCGACCCCCCCAGCACCUAUCCCUAUGGGGAAACGGCUAAAAGAGGAAUCCAAGAAGCGAAAAGCCCUCGGGAAGCAGAAGAAUAAGGGCAACCAAGUUAUCGACGGCUGGGAGCUCACCGUAGGAAUCGAAAUACACGCCCAGCUAAACACAGCAAAGAAGCUCUUUUCUCCCGCCGCUACGUCCUUCAACGACGAGCCGAACACGCAUGUCGCUUACUUCGACCUCGCUAUACCGGGUAGCCAGCCUGUAUUCCAGAAGGAAACGCUCAUUCCAGCUCUCCGGGCAGCUUUAGCGCUUAACUGUAGCAUCGAGAACGUCAGUAGAUUCGAUAGGAAACACUACUUUCAUUGGGACCAGCCGUCAGGCUACCAGAUUACCCAGUACUACGAGCCGUUUGCCAAGGAUGGUCGAAUCAACCUGCUUCAAAGGGACGGGAUCGCCAAGGAGGACGGCGAAGGCAUCUCUGUCGGGAUUAAGCAAAUUCAGAUGGAGCAGGAUACGGCCAAGACGCUCGCGCAGCCUGGCGGUGUGUAUUGGAUCGACUUCAACCGCGUUGGAGUGCCGCUUAUCGAGAUCAUCACCCUACCCGAAAUACACCACCCCGCCACCGCCGCCGCUCUAGUAAGGAAGGUCCAGUUGCUGUUGAAUGCUGCCGACGCCUGCGUCUCCGGCAUGGAGGCUGGCGGUCUGCGCGCAGAUGUGAAUGUGUCUGUUCGAAGAAGCGAUGACCCCUCCGGGCCUCUAGGCCAGCGGACUGAGAUCAAGAACUUAAGUAGCUUUAAGGCCAUCGAGGAUGCUAUCAUCGCUGAACGGGAUAGACAGAUAUCCGUCCUCGAGUCUGGAGGAAUUGUCGAGAGCGAGACUCGCGGGUGGUCCAUCGGGGCGACAGAGACUCGUCGUUUGCGCGGCAAAGAAGGCGAGGUCGACUACAGGUACAUGCCGGAUCCUGACCUAGCACCCGUAAUCAUCGGCGGCGACCUCGUCGACUAUCUCCGCCAGAACAUGGGCAUGUCUCCCGAUGCCGAGAUCGACGAACUCACCCAGCGGUUUGAUCUCACCCCAAAAGAUGCAUCGUCUCUCGUAGCGCUCGAUGGGGGCAAGCGAGUCGAGUACUUUUGGAAUGUCGUUGGUUCUCUCGCGGAUCGGUUUGGUCCCGAUUCUAACACGCCCAAGUACUUGCCAGGUUUCCAACUCGCUGCGAAUUGGAUUCUACACGAGCUCGGUCGCCUGACAUCGGGCCGCAGCGAAGCCGCUGGUCAGGACCUGGGAUUCAUGGAAAAUGGCGAAUGCCGUCGUGUGCCCUUCAUCCAUCUAACAGACAUUUUAUACUAUCUUUAUGAGCGCAAGAUUACGGCGAAAAUUGCCAAAGAGUUACUUUGGGCAGUCUUCCGCCGAAAGAUCCCGGACAAGUACCCUACAAUAACGGCGGCUGCUGACCAGGAAAACCUAUGGUUCAAGGAGUUGCAUGCUGACGAGUACAGAAAACUCGCGCUUGCAAUAGUGAGACAAGACGAAGUCAUGGCGCACUUUGUUAACUACAAGCAGUACCCCCAGGGGAAGUUGAUGUUCCUGGUCGGUCGGAUGAUUCGAUUAGGCCCCGAGGAAUUCAUCGAUCCCAAGGAGGCAGAGAGGGUCAUGAAGAUAGUGCUGGAAGAAAAGCGGGCAGUAGCUGCUUCAAACUCGGGUUAGGCCCCAUCGUCACAUCACGGUGUAUACAUAAAAGCCUCGGAAAAUUGAGAUAUCCCUAAACGCCAUUCGGGCAUACGGUUGCUAUUAUGUAUGAGUCACACAAUCGCAUCCCCUCACUAGCCAACGCCGAGCACGGCGGCUUCGAUGCCUAUAUAGGUAUAUUAUCUUAUUAUA